UCCAUCAGCUUUCAUUUUCAGGUCUCUAAUUUUCUGAAAACUCAUUAUUUUAUGGUCUUCAAGUUUAUCUUGCCAUCUUGAACUUUCUUUGAAGAUGCUGGGAGGACUUUUUGCACACAACUAGUAUCUUUAUUGGUCUGUCAAUGUGAACAGCAUUCUCUGUUCCACCCAAGCACUCGUAGCAAACUUUCAAAGCACCUUCCUUUUGCAUAUAUAGUUGUUUGGGAUAUGGUGACAGAAAAUUGCAAUGAAUUUUUCCAAAAACAAAGAGGUUACAAUGGAUUUUAGGAUUGUAGAGGCAAUUGAGAGAAAGGACAUAGUCACAUUUGCUAGCUUAGUCCGAGAAAAUGAAGGAAUUCUCGAGCAAAGAGAAGCCGAUACUUGCAACACGCCAUUACACCUUGUGUCAAAGUUUGGAUACCUUGAAAUGGUGUCUGAAAUUGUUUCUUUGUGCCCGGACAUGGUUGCUGCUGAGAAUAAGAACCAGGAGACUCCAGUCCAUGAAGCUUGUCGAACAGGGAAUCCCCGGAUUUUAAAGAUACUGCUGGAGGCGAAUCCUGAGGUAGUUAGUAAGCUUAACAGUAAAGAAAAGGUCAGUGCACUUUCUCUGGCAUGUAGCUAUGGUCAUCUUGAUGUGGUGAGGCUCUUACUGAAAGAGCCUGGGAAGCUAGGUUUGGGGAAAGAAGGGUUUGAUCAAACAUGUAUACACUUGGCUGUCUCUGGUGGACACAUGGAUGUUGUUAAAGAGUUGCUAAGAGUGUGUCCUGACCUUGCUUAUAUGGUUGAUGAGAAAGGAAACUAUCCAUUGCACUACGCAACUAGCAAAGAGAACAGGGAGAUAACCUGGGCACUCCUCAAGCUUGAUCCAAAGCUUGCUCAGCAGCACAAUCUCAGUGGUCACACGCCCUUGCACUCGGCAGCAAUAAACUACAAAGUCUCAGUCCUUCAAGUGUUCGUCUCAAUGGCUAAACCAGCUUUUCAGAUCGUAACAAAAGCCGGCGAGACGGUAUUCCACUUGGUUGUGAAAUAUGGGCGAUAUGAUGCAUUAGUAUACUUGACCCAUGUCUGUGAUGAUAUGGAUUUCUUCGACUGUAGAGACUGUUAUAAUAACACCAUCCUACAUCUUGCAGUUUCUGAAGCACAACAUAAGAUUGCAGAGUACCUAAUCAGCAAAAAGAAAGUAGAGCUCAAUUCUCGAAACAAUGAAGGACUCACAGCCCUUGACCUCCUCAAACAGAGCAAGGAAAGUGUAGACAAUCAGCGUCUCGAAUCCAUGCUAAUGAAAGCAGGAGGUAAAACAAGGAUUGAGCUGUUAUCUACUUCACCAAAAGCAGAUAACGCCACCGCUCAGCCAGUGACACUUCCUGAAAACAUUCCGAAACGAGCACAAUUCGUUAAAGAGUAUGAACUGCAGUUGUCCAUCACAAAUGAGAUAGCUUCUGCGGCAUCCAAGUCCCCAUCAAGCUCAUCAGCACCUAUGUCCAGGAUGUCAUCACCUUUUCCAUCACCCCAAUCCAGCAAGUCUUCGCCUAGGCUACCAUCACCGCAAUCUAGCAAGUCAUCACCUAAGCUGCCAUCACCGCCAUCUAGCAAGUCAUCGCCUCAGCCUCAGGUUGGGGAAGGCUUAUCACCUCAGCAGCAAGUUGGAUCAGCAUUUGAAGUUAAGGAGGGACUGGAUUAUGAAAGACAAAAGAAGCAAGAGUUUCUUCUGCAAACCUUUGCCAGACAACACAAGCAUCCUAGAAAAUGGAACCAAUCAGAAAUGAGUACGGAGAUUUUCUACAACCGGCGCAGGAAGCAUGAAAAGGUGUACACAGAGGCACUACAGAAUGCCAGGAACACCAUAACACUAGUUGCCAUUUUGAUCGCCACGGUUACUUUUGCUGCUGGCAUUAGUCCCCCGGGUGGUGUUUAUCAGGAGGGACUUAUGAAAGGGAAGUCGAUAGCAGGAACAACAACUGCUUUCAAGGUGUUUGAAAUAAGCAACUACGUCGCACUAUUCGCAUCACUCUCGAUAGUUGUAGUUCUUGUGAGUAUCAUUCCAUAUCGGAGAAAGCCAUUGAUGAGAUUGUUGAGGGUUGCUCAUAAGGUAAUGUGGGUAGCUGUGGCAUUCAUGGCAACAGGGUAUGUUGCAGCCACAUGGGUUAUCAUGCAACAAAAUCAGAAAAACAAAUUGUUGUUUGUAGCCUUUUUGACUAUAAGCAUUGGAAUUCUGGGAACAGUUUUCAUUUGGCUGGGUGUUAUGCUAGUUGUUCAUUGCCUGCGAAAGUCGAAGUGGAGGAAGGGAAGAAGAGAGAUUGGGGAGGCUGAUGAGGAUCCUGAAAUGGGAAGCCAAAACUCGGAUGUUGAUAGCACAUACAAUCAAGGAUAUCAUUCAUAUUAGAUGCCUUCACCUCCCAAAUCAUUGAUAGGAAUGUCUGGUGCAAGCAAGCCACAUUUUAUUACUUCCCUUCACUUAUUUUCAAUUAAUGGUUAAUCAUGGGGAGAUUCAAAUGUUGGUAGGCUUAAUUUUGUUUUCUGUCAAAGAAAUACUUGCAUUAAAAAGUGAAUAAUCAUAACCAGUGUGCAGAAUGUGGCAUAGUCACAAACCUUGCUUGAUGAGAACAAGUUAAGAAAAGGUACCACACCAGUACAAAUGCUUUCCUUCCAACUUCUACUUUUCUAGUUGCAAUUAUAGAUAAAUACUCUGGAGCAGCACUGUUGCAAUGUCCCGAGCAAGGAAAAAAGACUACCACACCAGUAUAAAUCAACUAGACAUAUCACUUAUCGGAACUUCCUCAACCCAUAGAGGGGGCCGGCUUCCUUCUAAUUUCUAAAGACUCUGGAGAAGCUCUAUUGCAAUGUCUUGGUAGUUUACUCCAAAUAACUUCCUCAGAUAUUUAAGUUCUUGAAAUAUGGGCCGUCCAUGCUCAAAUCUUAUUCAGAAUUGUUGAUAGCUGAGAACACAUUCAUGGCAACACUUUCUAG